CAAGUUUGAAUUCUAACACUGGUCAGGUUUCAUUUGGAAGGGCACAAUCAAGAGACCACCAACCAAAUGCUAGUGGUCACCCAGUUUCCACCUUUCCCCAGUCCCCACCUUAAAGUAGCUUAUAAGGGAAUAAUAGGAGCAUGCAGUGAGGAAGCUGUACUUGCAGUUUAUCCUGGUUGUCAGUUAGAUCCUUGCGAGACAUCUGAGAAUGCAGUGCAGGCAGUUGAAUCUCAUGGGGCUGACAGAGUAGUCAUUCCCAUAGAAAAUUCAUUGGGUGGGAGUUUUGUUGAAAAUUACGAUUUAAUCAAUUCUCACCAGCUGCACAUUGUUGGUGAAGUUGAAGUAUCCACCAAGUUCUGCCUCCUAGCACGACCUGGCGUCAAACUAGAACAGUUGGAACGUGUUCUAGGACAUCCACAGGCACUUGGGCAAACCAAAACGUUCCUGGGUAACCUGGGUGUUGAAAAAGACAUUGUUAUUGAUGAUCCAUAUUAUGCUCAGCUUAUACUAUCAUAUAAGGAAGAAACUGAUCUUGUAAUUGGUACCGCCGAAGACCACACUGGUGUAAUCGGAAGUGAAAAAGCUGUUGGAUUAUAUACCUUGCACGUAGUUGCAAGAGGAAUCCAGGACGGGAAUAAGGGAAGUAUUACCCGUUUCUGGAUACUAGCUAGACAAAUGACGGGUCCUUCAAAACGAGCCUUGUAUUCACUCUGCGAGAAAGCCCUAAAGAUGUGCAUAAAACCCCUUCAGUAUUUGUAACCAGUAAAACAUUUAAGCUCACAAAGGUUGUGAGCAGGCCUCAAAUAAAUAUAUUACCGAAUGUGGCUGAUAGAUCCACUGAAAGGUAAGUAAGUUGUAUUUUUCUUAGUCCACUGUUUUCAGGAUUCGAAGAAAAUAUAUAAUUCAUUUGACAUCUUUUUUUGUAAACACUAACAGAUUUAAACAGUUCGUAAUUCGGCUUAUAAGUAACGGACAAAUUCAUUAAUGCAGGUGCUUUGAUUAUCUCUUUUAUGUUGAUUUUGAAGUCAAGGAAGAGUCAGAUGUAGAGUAUGUUGUCACAAAACUUAAGGUUUGGUUUACUCCACCUAAACACAUUAAAUUGGAAGACCAUUGAUCUUAUUCAAAGUAAAAAUGGCCCCUAACUUCGCAGUAUAGGAAUCACCGACCAGUUACCUACUUGUCCAUAAUAACAAAUUUUGCUUCCACCCAGAAAAUAUAGAGAUCAUAACCAUGAUGAUCAAUAUAAAUCUCUCACAUAGGUAAAUUGUUAUGGUAAUAUGAUUAUAUGUUAAAUG